AUUGAUAUUGAUAUUGUCAUUGCCUUUCUAUCUUAUUUCUAUGGUUCCUUGGUUGUUGUUGCCCACGGACACUUUCAUGGCUGUACCGACCGGAAGUGUGCGCGACUACGCGUCACAGGAGAGGCUGUGAUCAGGUACUGGAAUCAACGAUUCAUCAGUAGUGAAUCUCCCCCGUGGAGUGAGCCGGCAUGGCCUCUGCCCCAGCACAGCAGCCCACGCUCACUGUAGAGCAGGCAAGAGUUGUUCUCAGUGAGGUGAUCCAGGCUUUCUCUGUGCCUGAGAAUGCCGCCCGCAUGGAGGAAGCCAGAGAAAGCGCCUGCAAUGACAUGGGCAAGAUGCUGCAGCUCGUGCUUCCCGUAGCCACUCAGAUCCAACAGGAGGUCAUCAAAGCAUACGGCUUCAACAAUGAGGGAGAAGGUGUUCUCAAAUUCGCCCGGCUGGUAAAGAUGUAUGAAACUCAGGAUCCAGAGAUCGCAGCCAUGUCAGUGAAACUCAAGAGUCUCCUGCUGCCGCCUCUCUCCACUCCUCCCAUUGGCAGCGGCAUCCCGACCUCAUAGAACAAGUCCAAACUGCAUGUUCAUGUUCGAAACCGUUUCAACUAUAGUGCAAACACAUUUAGGGUUUCCAAAAUACGAUCUAGAUUUUAGUCCGUUUUAACACUUCUUUCAAGGGUCAUUUAAACUGAGGUGAAGUGAAUUUUCUCAGACCACAGAAAAAAAUAUUUGAAUAAAAAGUUAAUAAACAAUUAGUAGUGAACUUCUACAUUCCCAUUUUCUUUCAGUGAAAUGUUUAGUAUUCAAAACACUUGUCUUUUUCUCACACAUUUUUUUAAAUAUAUAUUCUUAUUCAUUUUGCCAAUGUUGAAUGUGCAUAUUUAUCAAGCAUAACACUUAUUUGUUGAGGCCUUUUCAAGAUCUUGUUUGUUUUUCAAGUUUUUUUUUUUUUAUACAGUUUGGAUCGAUUGAUAUUGCCCAUAUUAUCAACAUAUAGAUCACAUUUAUACAUAGGUCACCUGUGACACUAUUCUUAUGAUCAUUGUCAUAUAAACAGUAUUUAUCCAAUAAAGUCAUUUUUUACUCAAUAGAAAGAUA